AUUUGAACCAAAAACUCAAGAAAAUGGAAAUGUGUUUACACUACAUUUCCCAUUAAGCACCGCGACUGUCUCCAUGGAGCCGGUGGUUCGUUUUUAAAUAAACUUUCCCGUCGUCCUGCUGUGGAUCAGCCGGAAGCUUCUCCUGGCCGGCCCUCGGUCCCUGCAGCCGCCGCAGUCAGUGGGAGCGAACAGCGAACUGAUGUCCGCUUCCGGCGGCUGUCGGGAACGCGCCGUCCGGGAAGUUCGGUCCGGAACUUCGGGGGUCCUGCAGCUUGAUGCGGGGCAUUCACCCAGCAUCGAGCCCGCGCGGAGGCAGAAACACAAGCACAUUACACAAGAAAGGUGGGACCUCUGAUCUUCUGUCUCGUACCUCAUCCCUGGUGGGGGAAACCGGGCCCUCAGCAGUUACCCUUGGGUCUCCCUUGGGUGCUGUCUUUCGGGAAUUUCUCUGGAAAGACCAUGAGCUGUGGAGCACAUCACAUCUGAGCCUGGAGGUGUCCUUGUCCCUGUGGUGCAGGUUCUGGUUCUUGCCUUCAGACACUGGGCCUCUUCAAAAUGCACACAGUGGGGGGCCUGGUCGAUGUUUACCCCAUUCUCUUUAGCGUCCUCCUCCUGGGUGGGCGGCCCCUGCCUCGCACUCUGCUAGACCUCAUGCUGGGUGGGCGGGUGGUGGCCUGGAGCGUGGGACGGGUCUCCCCGGGCCUGCUCUGUGGGACUGGGGACCUUUGUCAUGUGACUUCCCUUGAACUCUGUGUGGACACUCAACAGAACCUCCUGGAAAAUGUUGGUGCCUCCUUGCCCAGAUUAAGGGAGCUCAGACUGAACAACAGCAAGAUCACAUCGGUCAGGGACCUGGGCUCAAACUUCUGUAACCUGGAGAUGUUGUGGAUGUCUAGAUGUGGUCUCCAGGACCUUGAUGGCAUUUCUUCUUUUCCUUCUCUUAAGGAGCUUCAUGUGGCCUUUAACUGCCUGUCUGACCUGCUUCAUGUCAGCUUUCUGAAAAAGCUGCAGCUUCUGGAUCUGGAAGGAAAUGAAGUGGAUAAUUUGGUUGAUGUUCAGUGUCUGAGUUCGUGCGUCAAACUCCAGACUCUAACCCUGAGGGGAAACCCUGUGUGUAUUCGCCCUGACGCCACCUGCCCUCAGGUGGCGGAUUACAGCUACAGGGCUUCGGUGCAGGAGCUCCUCCCUCAGGUGCGUUACCUGGACAAUGUGAAGGUGGAGGACAGAAUGACAACAGAAAUCUCUGACGUUCCUGGAAAUGAGUUUAGAUCCAGCAAUGAAGGUGAUAAUGUGGGUGGAGCCUAUCACCAUUCAUCUGGGGACUCUUCUCCCAGCUCCUCUGCCGUCACCCCAUCAGGAGGCUCCCAACCAUCCAAUAGAUCCAGUUAUGGUUUUUCAGAAAGCAGACCGGCAGCAGAGCACCUAGAUUCCAGCAUCCUUUUGCACAGAUCCAACAGUGUGUUGUUCUGUGGAAACCCGGUGAAGGCUGUUCGAGCCAACAGAGAAAGAUUAGGGUCGGCUCCCACCCGAUCCAUGCUCCACCUGGACAUCCAUCAACCUGAAGACACCCUGGACUCUGCAGAUGUGCUCUCUGAGCUGCGGGCUUGGAGGGUGCAGCACAGCAGACGUCUUCAGGCCAUCCAGAAAGGAAGGUCACCUCAAACUCUAAAAUAUGAAGAAGGAGCGGACAUAGACUGGAGCAGCCAGAAUCCUGACGCAGCACAUUCUUCUGAUCGGUGUUCCUCACCAGAUUUGCGUCAGCGUGACACAAGUCCGGCUCCCAAAGCUCCUGCAGGUGUCCGUGUGCGCCGUCUACGUCCCAUCCAGGCCACGUCAGAGCAUCUUUCCCCCAUCAACAGGGAAGUGCAGACCAUGGCAGGCCUUCAGUGUGUUCAUAGACCCCACCCACCCCCAAUACGAAGAGCCAACUCAGGAGAGACUUUGGACACAUCCGUUGUUCAAAGCAACAAGAUGUCCAAUAUCUUCAGGAGACCAGCAAUGUCCCGACCUCACACCGCACCAGUGCUACUGCAGACCCCACCACAGAAGCAUCAGCUGCAGUCCUGCAGAGGGAGCUUGAAAUCCCAGUGACUUUUCCAAGUUUUUACACCCUCCCCCCAUGCUGAAAUAAACUCAGGAUUUAUUCAACGACA